GUUAUCAAUUACGACUUACGAGAAAUAUAAUUGUAUAAAAAUAUCUUCUCUGUGUUGUAAUUUUUUAAGUUCUAAGUAGUAAUUUAUACAUUUAUCAGUCUUAACUCCUAAUCAUAGUUAAAUAUUUUUCUGAACAUGACGUGGAAAACCAUUUCUUUAUGCUUGUGCAUUUAUGGUGUUUUAAAAGAGUUUCGACCAUCAGAAUCUUAUUUCAUUCCUUAUUUACUAAGUCCACGGAUGAAUUUUACUGAAGAACAAGUUAAUAAUGAAAUACUAACUAUUGGUGUUUAUGCAUCAAUGAUAUGUAUGAUAUUUGUUUCAUUAACAACUGACUGGUUGAGGUACAAAAUUGUAAUUGUUAUCCAAGCAUUUUGCGGUGUUUGUAUUUAUACUUUGUUAUCUUUUUUUACAAGUUUUUUAUCUGUUGUUGUAGUUCAAAUUUUGUAUGGCAUGUUUGUUGCUACAGAAGUUGCUUACUUCACAUAUACAUAUUCUAUUGUGAAUAUAAAAUAUUACCAGAAAGUUACUAGUUAUAUAAGAGCUGCACAUCUUAUAGGACGUUUCUUUUCGGGGUUUCUUUCUCAAGUGUUUAUUUCAACAAAAUUAGUUGAUUCAUAUCAAUUAAAUUUCCUUACAUUAGGAAGCCUGAUGGCUGCUAUGAUAUGGACAUUGACAUUACCAGCUGUAAAAAGAAGUGAGCCAAAGUCAGAAACUCAGAAAAUGAAUGUAAUUGAUAGAACAUUAGAAACAAAAAUAGAAGAUGGAGAUGAUGAAUCAGCUGAACAUAGUACAGAAAAACAUAGCAAGAUGUCUUGGAAAUAUUUCAAGUCCAUGUGUAAAGAGUAUAAGAGUUUGUAUAUUUUGAAAUGGUCGUUUUGGGUUAUAACUGCAACUUGUUGUUUUAAUCAAGUUUUGUAUUAUAUUCAGUCAUUGUGGGAAUCUUUAAGUCAUGAUGAAUGUCUUGAGAAUAAUAGUAUUUGUACUAAAACUUCAGAGUGGAACGGAGCUGUUGAUGCAGCUUAUACAAUCAUAAGUGCAUUUAUUACGUUUUUAUGUGGUUCUAUUAGCAUGAAUAUGGAUAAAUAUAGUAAUUUACUUAUUAUAGUAACAUCUUUUGUCCAAUUUAUUACUCUUUAUAUAUCAGUUUUAUAUAACUCAAUUUAUGUAUCAUAUAUCAAUUACAUAAUUUUUUGCACAAUUUAUCAAGGGAUGAUGACCAUUGCCAGCUCUGAAAUAGCCAAAUGUGUCAAUAAAGAUAACCAUGGAUUUGUGUUUGGUGUUAAUAAUUUAUUAGCUUCAACUUUACAAUCAUUAGCUACAUUUUUCAUGACCAUGGGAGGUUUGUCGUCAUCAUCUAAAAUUUUGUUUGAAUGGUAUGCUAUAUUUUGUUUGGUAAUUGGAGUAUGUUAUUUAUUUAUAUCAAUUUUACAAGUUUUUAAGAAGUAAUUCAUGACAAACAUAUUUAAUAUUAAUGCAUAAAUUAAGUGAUUUAAUUUAUCCUAUUAACUUAAAAACUAAUAAAUAAUUACAAUAUUUAUAUUUGUUUG